AAGAUACUGCCUAAAGGAAAACAGCACUCCGGCACUGCUGACUCACGAGAGGCAGUGAGUGCCAAGCAACAGGGCACCACGAACACACACGCACCAGCGCCGAUUCAGUCAACACCUCCCUCAGAGAAGUCCAGCGAGAUGAGCAGCGCCGGCGAUGCAGCGAGAGCCGAGGCCCAGCGGGCGGAUGGGCGCGACGGCGGGAACAAAGGCACUGCCAGCACGACGGAGAACCGGGGCAAGAGGGCGGAGGAAUAUGCGCAGAACGCGAUUUGUGGGCGUCCCACCGCACACACGGUCGUGGACGGACUCAGCGAGCGUUACCCAAUGAGCCGUCGGCCCCGGGGCGCUGCGCUCAUCUUCGCGCACUCCGAGUUCGAGGAUAAAGCUCUCAAACCGCGACCCAGUGCCGCCCACGACGCCGAAAUCGCGAGAGCCGCCUUCGAGGCCCUCGACUUCCAACCUGAAGUGUUCUUCGACCUCACGAAGGACGAGCUCGUGAGGAAACUCCGCGAAGUUUCUCAGCGCGACCACAGCGGCUGCGACGCCCUUGCCGUAGUGUUCAUGAGCCACGGCGAAGUCAAAGCCAGAAACAACAUGGAGUUAGUUUGCGCCAAAGACGAUAGGCUUCCCACCAAGGAACUGUGGAUAAACUUCACGGCUGAGCGGUGCCCGGGACUCGCCGGCAAACCUAAGCUGUACUUCAUUCAGGCUUGCAGAGGCCCCGAGGUGGACAAAGGCGUGAGAAUGACUCGGCCCGCGUUUGGCAUACCGGUUCAGACGGACAGCAUACAGGAGGACUAUGUUAUUCCCCUCCAUGCUGAUCAGCUUGUUAUGUGGGCUUCCUACCCGGGCUUUCCGGCCUUCACGAGUGAACGUAAAGGGAUCCAAGGAAGUGUCUUCAUCCACUUCUUGGCCGAGAACCUCAAGAACUGUGCCAGUACAUCUCCACGACUGUCUUCCAUUCUUCUCAAAGUCACCAGGGAAGUAGCAGUCCUCUACGAGAGCGAAAUUGAUUCUCAAAACCCAUAUCACAAAAACAAACAAGUUCCUUACAUCCACUCGACACUCCUCCGUGAAAUUUACUUCUAAGAGGAUGCUUUCCGAGUUCAUCCUUGGGUUGGAUGCGGAGACCUUCUGCAUAUACCCUGUUGCUUUGCGUUUUGCCUCUUUAUUGCAGUGAUAUUAAUGGCUGGAUAAUCUUUGCAUCCAGUCAUUUUAUUAUUGUUGUCAUUAAGCUUCUUUUCAGUACUAUUAUCAUCUACUAAAUAAAUGAGACUUGAAAUGUA